ACCUGGAGGAUGGAACCUGGUGACCUAGUUCUCCCCAUUGAUUCCCCAGACCAGGAGGCCACGAUAACGUGUGAGGCAGCAGGAAGUCCCACUCCACAGUACAGAUGGUCCCUAAACGGAACGCUCAUCGAUCUCGGAAGUGACUACAGGCGUCACAUGUCUGGGGGCAGCCUGAUCAUUAAUGGUCUGGACAGAAACCAAGAUAUGGGGACGUAUCAGUGCACCGCGUUCAACACACAAGGAACCAUCCUCAGCAGGAAAGCAAAUCUACAGUUUGCAUACAUAGAGAAUUUUAAAACCCAGACAAGGAGUGCUGUCUCCGUCAGAGAAGGACAAGGCGUAGUUUUGUUAUGUGGACCACCUCCACAUUCUGGAGAGCUUACAUUUGCAUGGGUCUUCAAUGAGUACCCCUACUUUGUCCAACAAGACAGCCGGCGCUUUGUAUCUCAGGAAACGGGGAACCUGUACAUCGCCAAGGUGGAGCCCUCGGACGUGGGCAACUACACCUGCGUGGUGAUCAACAGCAUCACCAAGGGGAAGGUGCUCAGCUCCCCCACACCUCUGGUCCUGAGGACAGAUGGGGCGAUGGGUGAAUAUGAGCCGAAAAUAGAACUUCAUUUCCCAGACACCGUGCCGGCUGCAAAGGGGUCGGUUGUUAAACUGGAGUGCUUCGCUCUGGGAAACCCGGUGCCCGAAAUAACCUGGAGGAGAACGAACGGGGUUCCGUUCCCGGGGAAAGUGAAGAUGAGGAAGUCCAACGCCGUCCUGGAGAUCCCCAGUUUCCAGCAGGAUGACAUGGGGACGUAUGAGUGCGUGGCGGAGAACAGCCGGGGCAAGAACACGGCGCGUGGCCGCCUCUCCUUCCACGCAAAACCCCAUUGGACCCAGACAAUGAGAAACACAGCUUUGUCGAUCGAGGAGAGCCUCUACUGGGAGUGCAAAGCCAACGGGAAGCCCAAGCCUUCAUACAGCUGGUUGAAGAACGGGGAGACUCUCCACACCGAGGGCCGAGUGCAAAUCGAAAAUGGAGCCCUUUCCAUAUCGUCUCUAAACCUGUCAGAUGCCGGGAUGUAUCAGUGUGUGGCUGAAAACAAACACGGCAUUAUUUAUUCUACCGCUGAGCUAAUGGUGUUAGCCUCGUCACCCAGUUUCUCCAAGCACCCCUUACAGUCGCUGCUGAAAGCGCGAGCGGGCAGCGAGGUCACCCUGGAGUGCAGGCCCCAAGCUGCGCCCAAAGCCGUCAGCCUGUGGAAGAAGGGGAACGACAUUCUGCGCAGAACUGAAAGGAUCAAUCUCCUUCCUGAUGGAACGCUGAGGAUCUCCAAUGUCACGAAGAGGGAUGGGGGAAUCUACACCUGUGUGGCCAGAAACCAGUUUGGAAUCGCAAGCACAACUGGGAGACUGCUAAUCACAGAGCCCACAAGGAUCAUCCAGGGCCCGAUGAACAUGGAGAUCAUUGUCGGGGAGAGCAUCGUGCUACCCUGCCAGAUUGCUUGUGACCCAGCCCUUGAUGUGUCCUUCUCCUGGGCUUUUAAUGGCCUGCUUAUUGACUUCAACAAGGACGGGGAUCAUUUUGAAAGAGUCGGAGGGCAAAUUAUCGCGGGCGAUUUGAUGAUCAGAAACAUCCAGCUGAAUCACGGCGGAAAGUAUGUCUGCAUCAUCGACACAGAUGUGGAGAGUUUGUCAGCUGCUGCAAUCUUGAUCGUGAAAGGUCCUCCAAGUGCCCCGGACAGUGUAGCAGUGGAGGAGAUCACAGACACCACUGCCCAGCUCUCCUGGAGCCCUGGUAGAGAUAACGGAAGCCCCAUCACAGGCUACAUCAUCCAGGCGAGGACGCCCUUUACUGUGGGAUGGCAGGCAGUCGCUACAGUUCCGGAAGCCAUCGACGGGAACACUCUGACGGCGACUGUGGUGAACCUGAACGCCUGGGUGGAGUAUGAGUUCCGGGCCGUGGCCAGAAACAGCGUGGGCAUGGGGGAGCCCAGUCCGGCCUCCGUCAUGACGAGGACUGAGGACUCCGUUCCCGACACCGCUCCCACGGACGUCGGAGGCGGGGGUGGCACCAAAUCAGAAUUAGUAAUAACAUGGGAGCCCGUGCCCGAGGAACUGCAGAACGGCGAGGGAUUUGGGUACAUCAUCGCCUUCCGUCCCCUGGGUGCGGUGACCUGGACGCGCGCUGUCAUAUCGACCCCCGGGCUGGCCCGCUACGUUUUCAGAAACGACACCAUUCCGCCGUUCUCUCCUUUCCACGUUAAGGUCGGGGCGUACAACAACAGAGGGGAGGGGCCCUUCAGCUCAAUAGCCACAGUAUUCUCUGCAGAGGAAGUGCCGAGCAUCGGCCCUGAGAGAGUUGUGGCAAGAAGUAUUUCAGCAUCGCAAAUUGAAGUAGCCUGGGCGGCCCUGCUUCCAAUCCCUGAAAGAGUCCUUGGAUACGAGGUGGUAUAUUGGGAAGAUGAUACCAAGCCAGAAACGGUGGGGAAAAUGAGAAUCUCUGGAAAUUACACUUCCCUUAACGUCAGCGGGCUGAAAGGAAGCAGUCAGUAUUUUCUGGCCGUGAGUGCUUUCAACACCGCUGGAACAGGCCCUCAGUCUGUGUCAGUCAACGCCACCACUAAAAAGCCACCCCCAGGACAGCCCCCGCUGAAUAUAGAGUGGAAUCUGAUUGGCUCACAGCUUACCCUUCACUGGGACCCUGUCAUAGCCUUGGAGACAGAGUCAGAAGUCACGGGGUACCAAGUCUCGUACAGAAGACAGCGACACGGUGACAUGAACGCAAUCACCACCAACAAAACCACAGCAGAACUGACCCUUUCUGCCAAUGACGACUAUCUCGUUCAGGUCAAAGCCUUAAGCGAAGGAGGAGAGGGCGUAGGAAGUGAACCUAUCCAUAUUCAUAAAUUAAGCAUGGGCGCACGGGGCUCGAGAGCGGGAGAGUCCGUCUCCCUCUGCCUGGAACUGCUCUUCAUCACGGUUUUCUCCUCAUUCAGGUUCAGCUUCAUCUGAGCACUGGGGCCGCGGUCUCCUGCUUCAUCUUAGCGUUUUCUUUACUCUGUAGUGAGCGUGAGCAGUGAUAUGCUCACCCCUCUGUGGUUGUAUGUAUAUGUACGCAUUGGUACUGAAGUUACAAUUCAUACAAAAAGAAUAGUAAUAAUAAUGUUGAUGGCAAGUAUGGCAUA